AUCCCAGCCUGCGCUGCUGCUGCUCCAGAGAGAAUGAUGGGAUAGUGGCGGACACACAGCAGCGCUGCAGACACACGCACACUGACAUUAUUCGCGUUAUUCCCGCGCUCUGUCCGUCUAUGUGUGUGUUUGUGCGUGUGUGAGUGCGCGUGAGUGUGUGUCACACGAGGCCUGCGGCGUGCGCGUGACCGUGUUCAUCUGCAGUGUGCAGACACUUACAAAAGUACUGUGGUGGUACCAUGGUAGAGUGUAUCAUGAGCUGCGGUGUGAUGAUGGAGAGUUUGGGGCUUCAGGCCGUGGCUCUGAGCGAUGGAUCCACUGCUUACAUACAGCAGAGCAUCAGCGAUGGGAGUCUGUUGGAGGGAAACACGGUUCAGCUGGAGGACGGGACCACAGCGUUUAUCCAGCACGUCAGCGUCCAGCAGAAAGAGUCGUUAGCGUUUGAGGACGGUCAGGCCGUGCAGCUGGAGGACGGGACCACGGCAUUCAUCCACCACACGCCUAAAGAUGGCUUCGACCCCAGCGCCGUGGAGGCCGUUCAGCUGGAGGAUGGCAGUACGGCGUACAUCCAUCACCAGACGGGUGGCGGUGUGGAGCUGAACGCCGACGCCGAGGCCAUCGCCACGCUGGAGAGCUACGCCAGCAAGCUGACGGGGUCAGAGGUCGAGGUUGAUGAAAACAUUGAAAACACAAAUGGAGCGGAGCAGACCAGCAUACAGCUGAUGUUUGAGGGGAAGGUCUGGAGCUCUGGUAAGGUCCAGCAGGUCGGAGAGAAGAGUUUCCGCUGUGGACACACAGGCUGCGGCCGAUACUACACCACAGCACACCAUCUGAAGGUGCAUGAGCGUUCGCACACCGGUGACCGUCCGUACAGGUGCGAGGUGCCAUCCUGCGGUAAAGCCUUUGCCACAGGAUAUGGGCUCAAGAGUCACCUGCGCACGCACACCGGAGAAAAACCCUAUAAAUGUCCUGAGGACAUGUGCUACAAAGCCUUCAAAACCUCCGGAGACCUGCAGAAACACGUGCGCACGCACACCGGCGAGAAGCCGUUCAAGUGUCCGUUCGAGGGCUGCGGACGCUCCUUCACCACGUCCAACAUUCGCAAGGUUCACACGCGGACGCACACGGGCGAGCGGCCGUACCUGUGCCCAGAGCCGUCCUGCGGGAGAGCCUUCGCCAGCGCCACCAACUACAAGAACCACAUGAGGAUACACACUGGCGAGAAACCAUAUCUUUGUACGGUUCCCGGCUGUGGGAAGAGUUUCACGGAGUAUUCCAGUCUUUACAAGCAUCAUGUGGUUCACACGCACUGUAAGCCGUACACCUGCAGCCACUGCGGGAAGACCUACAGACAGACGUCCACGCUUGCCAUGCACAAGCGCACCGCGCACGGAGACUUCGACACUGUGGAGGAUGGUGAUGCAGAGGUUUACGAGGCGUCGCCGCAGGACGCCGAGCAGAACGAACAUAAUGCCGAUGACAACAUCAUCAGCUCACACCUGCAGGUGCUCGGCACGGCUGUCACCAUGGUGACCCAGGACGGAACCACCAUCGCUGUCCCCGGCCGAACGGCCGGCGGUGGGCAGCAGGUCACCAUGGUUACGGAUGGCAAAGAGCUGCAGCCGGUUGCCAUAGUAACGUCAGAUGGCAUCAUGACUGAAAUGAACUCGUCGCCCUACCAGCAGGUGGCGCUGCUAGCAACAGAGAACGGCACACAGAUAGCAGUACAGUUAGAAGAUCAACAGACGUUAGAGGAGGCGAUCACCAUGGCAACAGCAGCGAUUCAGCACAGUGGACUGACCUCAGAUCAGUGACAGCUGAAAAUCAAAGAGGCGUCAGAGAGAAAACGAUCACUUUUUAUAACGUUUAGCGUGUAUGAGAAAGAGUUUCUCCAGUCUUAAAGUUUUUUUUACGUUCUUUGAGCCAGUAGAACUGAAACAAGAUGGAAAUAAAAAUGUAUAUUUGUUAAUAAACAAACUUUAUGCAGUG